UAGCAAUUAAAUUAUGACGACGGAGACAGAUACACGAAGAAAGUCGAGGGAGGGAGGGAGGGAGAGAGUUCAAAUGAGUAGUGGAUACUGGAUAGACACGGUGCUCACUCGGUCUCGGAGUCUAAUUCCUCACUGAUCCAUUAAACACAACAAUUAACCGAAAUCGCCACCACGUGUUCCGCUGUCUGUGGGAGCCCGGUGGAGAUCCAAACGCUCAUCACUCAUCAGCCGACCUCACCAUCGCCAUCGCCAUCGCCAUCGCCAUCCUUCACUUACGAUAACGAACAAAUCUAGCAAGUGCAAUACGGAAACGGUACUGGCAAUGGCGGGCUCGCUACACUGAUUGAGCGAAAGGAAGUCCAUGGAAGCUUGCCGAUCCUUUCUCUCUUCGCUUCCUGUUUUGAAUCUCUGAAUUCUACUGCCACUACUCCCUCCUGUUGAAGAGAAGGGACAGAAUGGAGAGUCCUCUGCUGGGAGAGACUAGCGACUCCAGCUACCAGCGGCCGGAGCACUUCUACCGCCGCGCCGACGCCAUCACCUACGGCUCCAAUUUCCAGAAGGCCGCUGCUCUCGUUGAUCUGGCGGAAGAUGGCGUUGGUUUGCCUGAGCAAAUUCUUGACCAUUCAAGCUUUGGAACUGCUGCCAAGUACUACUUCGUGUUUAUCAAGUUCGACUUCAUCUGGACGCUUAAUUACUUUGCUCUCAUUCUCUUGAACUUCUUGGAGAAACCGCUGUGGUGUGCAAAUUGUGCUGAUGAUUGCUGCAAAGACAGAGGUUACUUCUAUCUUGGACAGCUGCCUUACUUGAACACUUUGGAGACCCUUAUUUAUGAGGUCAUAACUUUCAUUAUACUCAUAGCUCACAUUUUCUUUCCACUUUUAUAUGAAGGCCCCCGGAUAUUCUGGAAAAAUCCUUUCCAUUGGUUUAAGGUUGUUUGCCUUGCAAUUCUGGUUGCUGAUUUACUAGUUUAUGGCCUCUACUUGUCACCUGUGGCCUUCAGUGUUCUUCCUGUCAGGAUUGCGCCUUAUAUACGAGUUGUCUUUCUCAUUCUGAGUAUCAGGGACUUACAGAAGAGUAUCGUGAUUCUGGCUGGAAUGCUGAGAACAUACAUAAACAUCUUGGCUUUAUGGCUUCUGUUUCUUCUGUUUUCUAGUUGGGUGGCCUUUGUCAUGUUUGAAGAUACUGAGCAGGGGAACACAGUUUUCACGUCAUAUGCAAUCACAUUGUACCAGAUGUUUGUCUUAUUUACAACAUCAAACAACCCGGAUGUUUGGAUACCUGCAUAUAAAGCUUCACGCUGGUACGCCCUUUUCUUUGUCCUCUAUGUGCUGCUGGGAGUCUACUUCGUCACCAACUUGAUUCUUGCCGUUGUAUAUGAUAGCUUCAAAAAUCAGCUCGUGAAACAAGUUGCCGAGGCAGACAACAUGAGGAAAAGAACAUUGAUGAAAGCCUUCAGUCUCAUUGAUAAGUUUAAUGUUGGUCAUCUUGAUAAAGAACAAUGCAUCCGUUUGUUUGAAGAGCUUAAUCAGUACAGGACUUUGCCAAAAAUAUCAAGAGAAGAUUUUGAAUUAAUAUUCAGUGAACUGGAUGAUAGUGGUGACUUUAAGAUAAACUUAGAUGAAUUUGCCGACCUCUGCCAUGCUAUUGCUUUGAGAUUCCAAAAGGAAGAUGUUGCAUCUUGCUUUGAGUACUUCCCUACAGUCUAUCAUGCACCAUUCUCAAAGAAGCUGAAGACCUUUGUGCGAAGCCCCGUAUUUGGCUACAUAAUAUCCUUCAUUCUUGUGGUCAAUCUUGUUGCUGUUAUUAUCGAAACAACGCUUGAUAUAGCAGACAAUUCUGGUCAGAAAGCGUGGCAAAUUGCGGAGUUUGUAUUUGGGUGGAUGUAUGUGCUAGAAAUGGCCCUGAAAGUUUACUCAUAUGGGUUCUCGAACUAUUGGAGGGAUGGCCAAAAUCGUUUUGAUUUUCUCAUCACACUUGUCAUCGUUAUUGGUGAAACUAUAACAUUUGCAACUCCAGAUGGUCUAACAUUUUUCACGAAUGGAGAAUGGAUUCGUUACCUCCUACUUGCCAGAAUGUUGAGAUUAAUAAGGCUGUUGAUGUAUGUUCGAACUUAUCGGGCUUUUCUUGCCACAUUUUUAACCCUCAUUCCAAGUCUGAUGCCAUAUUUGGGAACAAUAUUUUGCAUUCUAUGCAUAUAUUGUUCUCUUGGGGUACAGAUCUUUGGCGGAAUCGUUAAUGCUGGGAAUCCCAACUUGGAGGCCACGGAUCUUGCUGGAAAUGAUUACUUGCUUUUCAAUUUUAAUGACUAUCCGAAUGGGAUGGUGACCCUCUUUAAUCUGCUGGUUAUGGGAAAUUGGCAAGUCUGGAUGCAGAGUUACACUGAAUUGACGGGGAGCCGUUGGACUGUUGCUUAUUUCAUCAGCUUCUACCUAAUUACUGUUCUGUUGCUCUUGAAUUUGGUUGUUGCUUUUGUCUUGGAGGCGUUCUUCGCUGAAAUGGAACUUGAAGCAUCAGAAGAGAAUGAUGAGGAGCCCAGCACCACAAAGCCCCGUUCCCGAUAUUUAGGCACUAAAACUCGAAGUCAGAGAGUUGAUAUACUUCUCCAUCAUAUGUUGAGUUCAGAGCUGAGCGAAACAGCCGCCUGCUGAUUGACGUGUUAUAUCAGUGUACUCUGGCCAUUUUUGUGGUGUUUUUCGGCAAGACAAUCAGGUUUCUGCCGCGCGCUUCCUGCUAGAAGUGCUGGUGUCAACAAUUCUCUCAGUCGUUCACAGAGUACACGCACAACAAACAAGCAUAGUCAGGUUUUAACCUUUUUGGAGAAGCAUGAACAUCAGCUGUAACGCUGCCCGUAAAGCAACCUUGCAUUCGCAACUUAGAACUCCAUAUACAUAUUUGUGGUUCUGUAUGAUAUGAGCUUGAACGUCUGUCAAUUAUUUAAUGUCUGUUGGUUUAAUGAAGUUAUGCGC